AUGACACCCGACCUCGCCGCCAGCUACAAAGCUCGCAAAGAGGCCUUUGUCUCCAACUUGUCCGGAAGCUCCUUGACCGAGAUCAACCUGGUCACCCUGGUUGCUGGAUCAGCAGUCCUCCUCUGGAUAGCUCUACAAAAAAAGCAAUCCUUCUUCACCCCCUACACGCCCAUCGCGGCGGUGGCCGACUUUCUGCUAAAUGUCUGUGCCAUCCUGUUCGCCAUCACCAUUUAUUCUUCUGCACCGCUGUUGUUGAGUGUUUUCCUGGUCACUCCGGCUACCAUACUACUUUGCCUCAAUGGAGCGGAGCGGCUCUCGAAGAGGUCGACGACCAGUUCAGCAGCGUCAAGAUCGAACAAUCUCGACAUGCCCAAUCUUCUCCCAGUCCGUCCGUUCCUCACGCACUACCGCGGCUCCAUGCUGGUAGUCACCUGUCUGGCCAUCCUGGCCGUCGAUUUCCCCGUCUUCCCGCGCCGUUUCGCCAAGGUCGAGACCUGGGGCACGUCAUUGAUGGAUCUGGGUGUGGGUUCGUUCGUCUUUUCUGCCGGAGUGGUUUCUGCGCGAGCGGUGGUGAAAGGAGAAGAGCAGAAAAAGAAGAAGAGUAGUCAAACCGACAACGACAACAACAACUCUACUUCGUCUUCUUUUCCUUCUACUUUCAUCAACACCAUCCGCCAUUCCCUCCCCUUAUUUCUUCUCGGCUUCAUCCGCCUCUGGAGCGUCAAGGGCCUCGACUACGCCGAACACGUCACCGAAUACGGCGUGCACUGGAACUUCUUCUUCACGCUGGCCCUGCUGCCGCCGUUCGUCGAGCUCGCCGACGCCCUCACCCGCCUCGUCUUCCACGGGUAUCGCUACGACACGCUCGCCGUGGUCUUGGCCCUGGCGUACGAACUCGUCCUCAACAAUACCGACCUGCUUCGCUACAUUGUCGCCGCGCCGCGCGGGCCGGAUCUGCUGUCGAUGAAUCGCGAAGGAGUCUUUUCGUUUGCUGGCUAUCUGGCCAUUUUCCUGGCUGGUCGGGGGACGGGGAUGCGAGUGGUGAGGUUUCCUUCAACUUCAACCUCUUCAACUUCUUCUCCUACUACCACGGACCAGACCAGUCUCGAACGCCGCCUCAUUCUCCGCGACCUACUCAUCCAAUCCGCAAUCUACACAACCCUGUACGUCCUAUCGACAGACUACCACGUCUUCAAUCUCCGCGUCUCGCGCCGCCUCGCGAAUCUGCCGUACGUGUUGUGGGUCGCGGCAUUCAACAACGCGCAGAUCUUCCUUUUCGGGUUGAUUGAGUCUUAUGGGCCGGCAUUCUCUUACUUCUCUGAAGAUACAACCACAGCCACAACCUCCGUUCGCAACGCAACAAGCCCCAUCCUACGCGCGUUCAACAGCAACGGCCUCGUCGUGUUCCUGCUGGCCAAUCUCCUGACUGGCCUGGUCAAUAUGACCGUAAACACGCUGGACAUGGCCGCCCUGCAUGCCGUCGCGGUGUUGUUGGUCUAUGCUGCGCUCGUGACGGGGGUGGCGGUGGUCUUGGAUAUGGCGGGGAUCAAGAUUCGAAUAUGA